AUGGGCGCGCUGGCCCGGGCGCUGCUGCUGCCGCUGCUAGCUCAGUGGCUCCUGCGAGCGGCCCCGGCUCUGGCCUCCGCGCCCUUCACACUGCCUCUCCGGGUGGCCUCGACCACCAGCCGGGGGGCUGUGCCUACCCCGGGGCCCGGACCCCCCGCUGAGCCCCGCGCGGACGGCCUGGCGCUCGCCCUGGAACCCGCUGGGAGUGCGGCCAACUUCUUGGCCAUGGUGGAUAACCUGCAGGGGGACUCCGGCCGCGGCUACUACCUGGAGAUGCAGAUCGGGACCCCCCCGCAGAAGCUGCAGAUACUCGUUGACACCGGAAGCAGCAACUUUGCCGUGGCUGGGGCCCCACAUCCCUAUAUCGACUCUUACUUUGACUCAGAGAGGUCCAGCACGUACCGCCCCAAGGGUUUUGAUGUCACUGUGAAGUACACGCAGGGGAGCUGGACCGGCUUCGUUGGGGAGGACGUGGUCACCAUCCCCAAAGGCUUCAAUAGUUCUUUUCUUGUCAACAUUGCCACCAUAUUUGAGUCGGAGAAUUUCUUUCUGCCUGGGAUUAGAUGGAAUGGAAUACUUGGACUGGCUUAUGCUACGCUGGCCAAGCCUUCAAGUUCUCUGGAGACCUUCUUUGAUUCCCUCGUGGCACAAGCAAAAAUCCCCAACGUAUUCUCCAUGCAGAUGUGUGGGGCCGGACUGCCAGUAGCUGGAUCUGGUACCAACGGAGGUAGUCUUGUCCUAGGUGGAAUUGAACCAACUUUGUACAAAGGAGACAUCUGGUACACCCCUAUUAAGGAAGAGUGGUAUUAUCAGAUAGAAAUUCUAAAAUUGGAAAUUGGAGGCCAGAGCCUUAAUCUGGACUGCAGAGAGUACAAUGCGGACAAGGCCAUCGUGGACAGUGGCACCACGCUGCUGCGCCUGCCCCAGAAGGUGUUUGACGCCGUGGUGGAGGCUGUGGCCCGCACGUCUCUGAUUCCAGAAUUCUCUGAAGGUUUCUGGACUGGUUCCCAGCUGGCAUGCUGGACGAAUUCUGAAACACCUUGGUCUUAUUUCCCGAAAAUCUCCAUCUACCUGAGAGACGAGAACUCCAGCAGAUCAUUCCGUAUAACUAUCCUGCCUCAGCUUUACAUUCAGCCCAUGAUGGGGGCUGGCCUGAAUUAUGAAUGUUACCGGUUCGGCAUCUCGCCUUCCACCAACGCACUGGUGAUUGGUGCUACCGUCAUGGAGGGCUUCUAUGUGGUCUUUGACAGAGCUCGGAAGAGAGUGGGCUUCGCGGCCAGCCCCUGUGCAGAAAUCGCAGGUGCUCCGGUGUCUGAGAUUUCCGGGCCUUUCUCAACAGAGGACAUAGCCAGCAACUGCGUCCCUGCCCUGCCGUUGAACGAGCCCAUCUUGUGGAUCGUCUCUUAUACUCUCAUGAGUGUGUGUGGAGUCAUCCUUCUUGUUUUAAUCACCCUGCUGCUACUUCCGGUCCGGUGUAGGCAUCACCCCCGAGAUCCCGAGGUGGUCAACGAUGAGUCCUCGCUCGUCCGGCAUCGCUGGAAAUGAAGAGAAAAGCCUAGUGACCGUGAACUCGACAAUUAAGACGAUUCAGUGCAGCAGGCAGGGGUUAUAAGGCAAGGCUUCUUCCUGUGCGCAUUAGUCUUAAAUUUCUGUUUGCUCCCAGAUGCCUUCCAGAUUCACUGUAUUUUGAUUCUUGACUUUACAGCUUCCUCUUUCCCCCUUACUUCCAAGGAAAAUGAUAAUAAAAAAGCACCUCAUUCUUAAUCAAAACAGAGUGAAUUGGGCUUCAGGCUUUAUGUAGCUGGUUAUGCCAAACUAUGUGGGUGAGCCACCCCUCCCCAAAAAAAAAAAGAAACCAACCACAAGCCUUGGCUUGUUCUCUUUUCCCUUCUAUCUCUGGAGAAAUAAGUGCAUAUACUUUAUAACUCUUCUUAGCUAAUGGAAGCUUUUUGUAUUGAUCACAUUUAAGGGUAUUUUGUACCAGGAUCCGCCUGAGUCAAAGUGAUAACAAGAAGGUUUGCAAUAUGACAGCAGGAGAAGUAGUCUGGGUCCUGAUGAUAAAAAAGCAUCCUGCCCUCUUCGGAGUUGGAAGGAGAGCAUCAGGCCCCUUUUCUGGGUCUCUCUGUGCUCUGCGUGCGUGUUCAGUCUCUUCAGUUGUUUCCAACUCUUGGUGAUACUAUGGACUGUUGCCUGUCAGCCUCCUCUGUCCACAGGGUUCCCCAGGCAAGAAUACUGGAGCGGGUUGCCACGCCUUCCUCCAGGAGAUCUUCCUGACCCAGGGAUCGAAUUCAUGGCUCUUGCAUCUCCUGCAUUGGCAGGGGGGUUCUUUACCACUAGCACCACCUGGGAAGUCCUGGGUCUCCCUGUGAUCUGAAGGAGAGCUGGACUCUACUAGGAAGAGAUGAUCACUCAAGUCUUCACCAGCCUCUUCUGAAGACGGAAGGCCUUCAAGUGCAAAGGAAGCGUACUCUUUGUACUCAGUACUUGCAUAGUACUAUGGGUGUGAAAGUAAAAACUACCUCUGUCAACACUUUAUCCAGGGUCCUGUGCCUGCUGGGGGUACAGGCAGCCUGCUUCCAGCCAUUGCCCCCGCCUAAAGAAUCCUCUUUCCAGCAGGAGAGAUGUAAUAGGUGCUGAACCACAGAUCAACCUGGAGAUGUUCUGUCAUGGAGCUGGUUAUCAUCACAUACUCUUACUCUUACCCAAAAUGAAUAAACACUGUAUGAAGGAGAAAAACA